AUGGAGACUACCAAGUAUAUCGCUGUGCAGAAACCACUGCGUCUUGAUGCUGGAAAUUUUGGUCACUGGAAAGCUCGCAUGAGGCAUGUCAUCCAAGGAAUUGACGAGGACGCAUGGACUGCAGUGGAAGAAGGGUGGACUGCUCCAGUUGUUGCUACAGUCGAUGACAAUGGAAUCACAAAGAAAUAUCCUAAACCAAAGAACACAUGGACAGAUGUUGAGAAGAAUGCUUCGAAAUUCAACUCGAAGGCCAUCAAUGCUAUUUGUGAAGCAGUUGAGUUGGAUGAAUUCAGUCUUAUUCAAGGGUGCGCAUCUGCUAAGGAAGCAUGGGAUAUACUGGUGAAUCAUUUCGGAGGAAAUACGAGUGUGAAGCGAUCAAGACUGGAUCAUCUGGCUUCACAAUUCGAAAAUCUCAGAAUGGAAAAGGAUGAGUCGAUCACCAGUUUCACUACAAAGAUCAGCACUCUUGCAAAUGAAGCGUUUGUUCUCGGGAAAAAAUACAAAGACAAAAAGCUUGUCAAGAAGCUUCUCAGAUGUCUACCACCCAAGUAUGCAGCUCAGAAGACGGUGGUAAAGUAUUCCAUGGAUUCAGAUGAUAUGAAAUUUGACACUCUGGUUGGUGUGCUCAAGGCCGAAGAAUUGGAAGCUACUGCAGAUGAAAAAGCCAAACAGAAAGACCUGACAUUUGCAGCUACGACAGAAAAUGACAGAGUGAGCCAAGUGGAGGAGCAACUAAGUCUGUUAGCCAAGAACUUCAACAAGAUGCUGAAAAGGGUAGAGAAAGGACAGAACAAGUCUUCCAGGUUUCAGAAAACUGAUUCAGACAGAGGUAACUCCCGCAACUUCCGUUCUGACGGGGAUAGAACAGGUAGAAAAAAAGAUCUGCAAUGUCAUGAGUGCGAAGGUUAUGAACAUUUCAGAAAUGAAUGCCCACUGACUAAGCGGAAAGAGCUUAAAUGUACUGAAUGCAGAGGUUUUGGCCAUAUGCAAAGUGAAUGUCCAAAUGGAUCAAAAUCGAAAGAAAAAUCACUUAUGGCUUUGGGAGAAUCUGAGUCUGAGAGUGAAGAGGAAGAAGAUGACAAAAGUCAGAUGCUGAAUUUUGUUGCAUUUGUGGCGACUGGCGAAACGAACGAUAAGGAAGAGACACAACAGGUUAUGGACUCAGAAAGUGAAGAUGAGGAUGUGGAGUUUGAUGCCAAAGUUGAAUACCGGAAACUGUAUGACAACUGUGUUCAGCUGAGCAAAGACAAUCUUCAGUUGGUAAAGGAUAAGGCAAUGAUGAAAGCGCAGAUUAACAUCCUUGAAAUGGAAAAAGAUCCGGUUGAGGAUGUGUUGGAGAAACUUGAGAAUAUUAAAGAUGAAAAACUCAACUUAGAUGUUCUGAAAGCUGAAAAGAUCAAGAAUCAAGAACUGGAGAUCAAACUUGAAAAUUUGAGGAAAGUUUGCAGGCUAGAAAAAGAUAAGAGCAUCAAUCUUCAGUCUCAACUAACCGAAAAUCACAAAAAGAUAAGGAUUCUGAAUACAGGUGCUGAGAACCUUGAUGAAAUCCUAUCUAUGGGUUUACCUCCCAAGAAGAACUGGGGUCUGGGAUAUGAAGGUGCUGUCGGGGGAAGUGGAAGUUCAUAUGGAAACAUGUCCAACUUUGUCCAUGGAGGUACAUCCAGAAGUGAGCUUACCCAAGUGGAACCUGAGCAUCCCGCAGAAGGUUUUGUUCAAGUUAAGGAGAAUCACCCUCGAGCAAAUCAUACUCAGAAGUCGCACCAAGGUACGAAUGCCAAUCAGACUCCUGAGAAGCGUGCUAAACGUGCCAAACCGUGCUGUUUUUUCUGCAAGAAACCAGGGCACAAGAAAUUUAGAUGCUACAAGUUCAGGAACAAGGUGAAGAAGGUCUGGAUAAGACAUCUAUGUUACUUGGAGCCCAAACAGUGGGGAAAGAUGUGGAUUGCGAAAAGGGAUCUGUAUGAUGCUCCGAUAGUUGAGAAUGCAUGUGUUGAAUUAGUGUGUAAUCUUGCACGAAUUCAGUUCGAAGAGACCAAGCACAUAGCAAAUGUGGCUUACACGUCAUCUGAAGGACAUGUAGGUGAUGCUUGGUAUUUUGAUAGUGGUUGUUCACGACAUAUGACCGGGAAUUGUGACCUGUUUGACACAAUCAGCAUUGUUAAAGCUGGUAAUGUCACAUUUGGUGAUGGAGGACAAGGAAAGAUACAAGGAGUUGGGAACUUGGAGAGAGACGAUCAACCUCAACUUCUGAAUGUCUUUUAUGUCCGCGGGCUCAAAGCGAAUCUCAUCAGUGUGAGCCAAUUGUGUGACGAAGGGCUUAAGGUCAUUUUCACCCGAAUGGAUUGCAAAGCAGUGGAUGAAAAUGGAAAUAUUGUUCUUCUGGGCAUCAGGUCAGGGAACAAUUGUUACAUGUGGAGUCAGUCGGAUCAAUGCCUUUCAGCAAGAGAAUCGCAUUUGGAAUUGUGGCACAAGAGACUUGGUCAUAUGAAUACUCAUGGACUAAGUCGACUUGUAAAAGCUGAGGCAAUAAGGGGAAUACCUGAACUAGAUGCACCAAGAGAUAGUGUGUGUGAAGUAUGUAGCCGUGGAAAACAGAUUAAAGUACCACACAAGGCAGUCUCUGAAAUCAGGUCAAAGAAAGUUCUCGAACUCAUCCAUAUGGAUUUGAUGGGUCCUGUUCAGACUGAGAGCAUAGGAGGAAGAAGAUACAUUUUCGUGCUGGUUGAUGACUUCUCAAGAUUCACCUGGGUGAGGUUUCUGAGUGAAAAAUCUGAAGCAACAAACAGCUUCAAGAUCUUGGCUCUUCAGCUCAAAACCGAGAAAGGGAACAUUGUGCAAAUUAGAAAUGACCAUGGAGGGGAGUUCCAAAAUGAGUUGUUUGAACAAUUCUGUAACAGCCAAGGAAUCAGACAUCAAUACUCUGCCCCAAGAACCCCAUAG